AUGAAGCACGACUCUGUUGUCAUCGUCGGUGCGGGCAUCAUUGGGCUCAAUGUCGCAUUGGUACUCGCUAAGAAAGGCCAUGGACAGCAUACCACAAUCAUCGCUGAGCAUCUACCAGGUGACACGUCAAUAGAUUACACUUCACCAUGGGCCGGUGCCAAUUUCUCUGCUAUAUCUGCAAGUGAUGAAAAUGCCUUGCGCUGGGAUAAACUUGGAUAUGCACACCUCCUAGACCUCGCAGCCAAGGAUGGGCGGAACGCAUAUGUGAAAGAAACAUCCUCAAUCGAAUAUUGGGAUGAGGCUCCCUCGGCUGCAAAAAUCGACUCUAUGGCUAGAUAUCUCAAAGAUGUGAGUUUGAAAUUCCAGAUUACCUCCAGUCCCUCCGGGAUCCAGUGUGUGAGCAUAUUCUUAUAUUUCGCGCAGUUCAGCGAGAUCCCCACGCAAGAGUUACCGGAAGGGGUUGCUUUUGGUGUCAGAUUUACCACAAUCACAGUCAAUGCACCUUCGCACAUUCAAUAUCUGCUCAGCAAACUUACUGAAGAGUACGGCGUUCGAGUUAUUCGCCGCAAGAUACCAAAAGUUUCAUCUGCGUUUCUCAGCCAACACACCAAAGUCGUUUUCAACUGUACUGGAAAUGCAGCAAGGCACUUGGAAGGAGUGAACGACUCAAAGUGCUUCCCCACUCGGGGCCAGAUAUUACUUACACGGGCUCCCCAUAUCAGCCAGAAUACCAUGAGACACGGUAAAGACUACGAGACAUAUGUGAUACCCCGACCUUACUCAAACGGAAACGUGAUCCUGGGUGGUUUCAUGCAAAAAGGCAUCAGCACGGCCGAUACCUUUGGAGACGAGACAAGAUCAAUUCUUAGCCGGACGAAAGCAAUGCUUCCUGCCCUGGACUCACCAGACACUGAAAUAUUGAUCGCACUAUCUGGCUUGCGUCCAUCUCGAGAGGGAGGCGCUCGUGUAGAAAGGGAGGAUGCGUCAUUGAAAGAUAGGGGUCACCGAGGAGUGAUUGUGCACAACUAUGGGGCUGGUGGAACGGGGUUCCAGGCCGGAUAUGGAAUGGCCGUUGAAGCGGUUAGCCUUGUAUCUCAAGAGCUGCAUGGUCUUGCCCCACAGGCUAGUCUGUGA